AUGCGUAAAGAAACGAUAAUCAUAGGAUAUCUGUCUCGAGUUUUCAAAUUUCAAAACCCUAAUCUCCUCCCAAAAGUGAAAAAAAAUCUUCAAAUCUUCCCCUUUUUCUCCAUUACUCCAAACAACAAACACAAAUACCUCGAGACUGGCAUUGACAAUCGACGAGCUGAACCGGAGCUUGACUCCGAAGAAGACUUGGAGGAGCUGGAAUCCGAUGUGAAUAAAAUGGCGGAGAAGAUUCUAGAAUACAGAUCCACUAUCCCAGAUCAACUCAAAGCCACUCUAGCUUCAGUUCUCUCUUCUCAAAGACCCAACUUUCCCUAUGUCAGAUCGGAGCCUGGAUCAUCCGGAGAGCUUAAUCCAGAUUCAGAGGAGACGAAGUUGGGGGUAAGAUACAGCUGCUUAAAGAGAAAAUCUCGAGUAACAUUUCAGCAAUGCCGGCGAUUGUGAAUCGAAUGAAGGAGUGUAUUUCCAGGAUCGAGGAGCUAAAUUCUAGCAAUGGCGUCAUACAUCCUGCUUUUAAGAAGAG